GCUGAAACUUAGUUGAGCAUUAUGCCGCAUAAUGCGCUCUUGUGCUGUAAUUGGAAAACUACUUUAAUAUAUUAUCUAUAUCAUAAACGAGAAAACCCUGUCGCAAAGCCCAAACGUACCUAACUAACUAUUAGACUAAUCUGUGCCCCAAACUCCAAACAUAAAAUCACUUAAAAAAGUGAACUUUAGUGAAGCAAAACAAGUCUGCUUGAACAAUGGAAAAAAAUGGCAAUCCUCCUCCAUAUGUAUGGGGCCAGGCAAAUGUUUUACAGCCUCCGCCUGCUGCUCCACCUAGCUACUCGCAAGCAGUGGGGGGUGUAGGGCCUUCCAGCCCUUACACACCUCAGUACCCAACAACAACAGGGCCACAAAUUGUUACAACCGUAGUACCGGUUGGGCCGCAUCCAACUCAUAUGAUUUGUCCUAGUUGCCAUGCCGAAAUUAACACAUCAACACAAACAAAACCUGGUCUCAUUGCAUACAUAACUGGUGCAAUUAUAUUCCUUUUAGGAUGUAUAUGUGGGUGCUGCUUGAUUCCCUGCUGUAUUGACAGCUGUAUGGACGUACACCAUAAAUGUCCUCAUUGCGAUACUUACCUCGGUCGCUAUCGUCGAUAAAUCGACCUUUGUGAUCUCAAUUUUCAAACGUUUCUAGUUCUUUUUUAUUUUAAAUGAUCAGUUAUUGAUUUGAAACAUCGUUAGAAGUUAUUGCGUGGGUAACAACUCCGAUUGUUAAGGUCAAGAUAUAAUAUGUAUGUAUAUCGGUGAUUAUGUGAAUGUGUUUGUGCUUUUAUUAUUGAAUAUUAGACUUAGCUCGAGUAUAUUCUGAUUUGUUUAUUGUUUAAUCUCAAUGAAAGCUUCAUUUUAAACUCUUGCUACUAGCAAGUAAUUAAGUAAAACAACAGUUUAUUAAUAGUAUCAUAUUAUAUAAGAUUAUUGAAGGUUGUGGGUAGGCAGCGACUUGGCUUUGCCCCUGGUAUUGCUGACCUCUAAGAGCACUCGCCAUCAAGUGGGCCGUGUGCUCGUCUGACUACAAAAGCAUUAAAAAAGGUUUAUUGUAUAAUUUACUUGUGUUUAUUAACAGUUUUCAUUUGUACAUUUUGUAAUUUCUGCAAAAAUGCAUCUUAUUAUAUCUGCGACACUCGAAUACCUUGAAAAACCCCUAGAUAAUAAUGUGUAUAUAUUUUUUUCUUUACGAUAUAGUUUUAUUGACAAUGCCAUCAUAUAAUAUGCCCCGAAAAACGUUAUUGUCGAAAACAAAUAGUUUUGAUUAAAAUAAGCAAUUUGAAUAAUAAGGAAAUAAAUAUUUUUAUCGUAAUGUACAUCGUUUGCGAACCUUUGACUUAUGGAUUACUCACGACGUCGACGGCUAACUGAGGGUGAUGUCAUCAGUGGCGGGCGGAUAUUUUCAUUGAAAACUGGUACGCAGUAACAUUGCACAUAAAAUGUCUGUGAUUAGCAUACGUGUAAAUUUAGUAUUCAUUUGGGAAUGAAGUUUUCAAGGUUCAAAUUCAUGAGCAUAAUGUAGAAGGUCGAGGUUUUCUGUUAAAUUUUGUAAUUUGAAGUUAAUUCGCUCUCGAUCAUCAUAUACAUUUGAUCACCGGCACUUUUCUUGUACCAGUAUCGACUAAUAUUUAAAUAUUAAUGAUAUGAGACUAUGAUGAGUUUUCUUUCUUUAAAAUACAACCAACCAAAAAAACGCGACGAGACAUUUAAAUGGAUUUAUCUUUUUCUGAACACCAAGUUGAAUGGAGUGCUGAAAAUUAAGCGUAGUUCCGUAAUAGGACUCAAUCCACGGAUAACGUUACAAAGAUUUCUUGAUUGGUCUUAAAAAUAACAUUUAAAAAGAUAUUUUCUUGGAACCAGGCCUCUUGGAACCUCAUAAGAGUGUAAUACGAACGAUCAAAUAAAAUUGUAAAAACUGAAAUCCGGUUUUGUUUGUGAAACUUGAGUCUGAUUGCGCGCGCUCUGAACAAUGUCUAAUUAACAUUAUCAUAACUAGAAAAACUAUUUAUCACUAAUUGUAGAAGUUUUGUAAUAUAUAAAAAGCCAAACACAAUAUAUUAUGUCAAAUAAAAAUAAAAACAAUUGACCUACAACCCGACAAAGACCCUUUGCGAUUGUCUAAAAUGUUUAACGCUAAGUAACGUUUGUAACGCUCUUGACAAGACCAGAAGUCGCUGAAUAUAACCUUGAAUAGUAAAAAAUAGUAAGAUUUAAUAGGAAAAUCUCAAAUGUCAUGGCCAUGCCAAUAAAGCCUUGUCGGGUAACCCAUUGUAUGAGUAUGGAGAAUUAUAAAUCAAGAAUACUAUGAAUACUAUUAUCUGUGGGCAGCAAAUACCAUAAGAAUUAGAGUUCUAGUUGAAGGAGUAAGUGGAUAGAGGAUUUAACUUGCAAAAAUAAUAGCUGACUGGUAUAAAAUAUAUUGUUUUUUUAAGUUGAUUUCUGUAAUUUCACGAACUGUGUGUUUUUAGUUAUUAUUUGCAUUUUUGUAUCAAAUAACAGCAGUUUUAUUGUAUAAAAAAUCCGACAAAUAUUUACUAGUAUUUAUAGUACAACAAUCAAAUGUGAUAACAAAUAGAUCUUGGAUAUUCACUUAACGUAUCAUGUCUAUUUUGUAUUAAUUUUUCCUACAAAAAGUACGGAAUCUCACUAUGUUGACUGUUAUUGAUUGAAAUUUUGAAAUUGUGAAUUAAAAAAAUACAUUUGACAACAAACAAACGUUACCAAUUAAUAAAAAUUAACAAAUUGUCUACAGUAAUAUUAAUAUCGAACUAAACUGUAUCGUCUUAAUUUUAUGUUGUGAAUCGUUUAUUAUUAAAGAUAAUGCUUUAAAAUUUUUACUAACAUAGUAUGGUUUGAACCAAAAUAACAACACCGGAAAAAUCAUGAAAAUAUAUUAAUAUCAUAAUAAUGGAAUCAAAAUUUACACAUAUAAAAAUUAUAUAUUUUGUCUAUGAGAAUGACACAUUGUACAGCCAUACUAACUCUUCGACUCUACUUACCAGGUUUAAUGAUAAGUUUUUAGGAGUUACAUACGUAUUUUUUUAGGCGAAAACCCGAAUGUAGCAAUUCGGAACCCUUGUUACGUAUAUUUAAAGAGAAACUUAACGAGGAUUUUAGUACACUGAUAUUCAUUAUUUAAUUAUACAUACAUAUGUGCAAAUACAGUCUGAUAUUAUAAUAUAGCUACAAACAAAGCUUUAACUCUAUCAGAUAAACUAUGUGUGAUCGCGUAGAAUGCAAGACAAAUAAAAACCAACAAGUGCUUAUUUUCAUAUCACCUUUCUGUGUUCUAAAUAAAUGAAUUUGUAGCUUCCUUGAUGUGUCAAUAACAAGUAUUAUUGAUGUUUAUAGUUUUUAUUUAUGAUUCAGUGUAAAUUGUUGAAAUAAGCUAAACUUGGAUUUUUUUCCAAAGCAAAAAUCAACUAAUAGAUCGUAUAGUAAUCUCUGUAUUAUAUUUUAAUUUCUCAAUAGAGAUCACUAUUAGUACAAUAGGUAUUUCAUUAUUAUAAGCCGCGCCAAUAAAGAAACGAAUCGAAAAUGUCGUCUAUGUACCUGUCCUGACAGAUGGUAGGGUCAACAAAUAAAAAGAAAGACUUAAAGAAGGAAAAAGUUGUUUAUUGUAAAAAAAUAUAAAAUAACAAAUGAGAAUGUACUUUACUUUAUGCCCUGGCAGAGGGGCAGGUGUCUCAUCUGGGCUGCAACUUGCGUAGACACUUUUGCUGCCAGUCAUUUAAGUCGCACAACUUGAAAGUGAAAAAACUCGAACUCACCAACAAAGUCAUAACUGAUAAAAAAAUUUGCAUGCAGUACGCGCCGUGUGCGACUAAAGAUAAUUUAGAGUGAGAGCGCAUGAUCGCCGCCGCCAUUUUGGAUUCGUUUCUUUAUUGGCGCGGCUUAAACGCAUAAACAAAGUUUAUUAACUGUACGAUAAACAAACAUUUUGUUAAAAAUGCGGCUAGAUUAAUAAUUAUAAUUACCUAAAUCAUAUUUAACUUUGUUAAUUCUACUUAAAGUGUAUACCAAUCAUCUCUUCCAGUGCCAUCAAAUUUGAGCUUUUCUAAUCGAAGAUUAAAAUGGAGGAAGUUUCCAUUACUAUAUGAAUUUGUUCACACUGGUGGACAUAUUUUAAGUCUAUAAAAACAGUAUAUAAACCAAAUAAUAUUAUCAUGGAUGUUUCUGGCAACUAAGUUUAUUAAUGUAUUAUAAAAUAAACGAAUAGUUUAUGAUAAACAGCGCAGACUGGUUCUACCGAGGCUGCGUUUUUGUAGUAGGUAUAUGCGUAAGAUGGGGCUACCUAAUUUACUACUUAUUUUUAUUUAUUUAUUGUAUAAACAUCACAACGAUACGUGACUAUUUAAAUAUUUUCGAAAUUGUACCUUAAUAAUUAUUUGUAUUCAACAUAAGUUUUCAAGUACACAGGUUUUCGGUGCAUGCACUUUGUAAUAAAACCAGUACAUAUCUGAGUUCUGGAAAGAUCUGGAAAGUUCAUAUAACUUAGUACCUAUAUCAAAAACUACUUAUUUUAAAACAUCUAUCCUAACAUUGCUGAUUUUUUAUAAAUAUUGUAUGAACAUUAUCGGUUUUUGACUGGGUAAGAAAUUUUACGACUGAAAUAACUUUCUAUUGUCAAUUUAACCCUUUAUUACAUGACAAAUAUUAUGUAUUGAUUAUUUAUGAUAUCUACCUGCAAUGUUCGAAAAGAACUUUAUAACGAUAACUGUUUUUUAAUGUAGUUAAAAAGCCCAUUCUAAUAGGUUUAAGACUAAUAUGCAAUACUUAACAAAGUAGAUAAUUUAUUUUAAUAAAUUGAUGUCAUUUACAUGUA